AUGGUCCAGAGUCUGCUCAUAGCUCUCUUUUUCUCCAGAAUGGGAGAGGAUUGCACCAGAAUGGGAAAGGAUUAUGAAAAUUAUAUUCUGUGUAAUGAUGGCAUUGAACGAGGACAGGACCAGUGUGUUCCAUGUCCAAAUGGCACUGUAAAUCAAGAUGCAAUUGACACAAAAGAAGUUGAUUAUCAUCUUGAAGUCUGCAGAAAACCUGACUGUGUCUGUGGCCCUGAAGAAGCUAAACUUGUAAAUCCUGCAGAAUGUUGGGUCACUGGAAGAAAGAUGUGUGAGUGUGACAGAGACAGAGGCUUCUGUGGCCAUGAUUAUAUGAUUUGCAAGAGGUCAUCCAAAUUGGAGGAUUCUUUAGAAGAAGGAAUUGAACUGACUCAAGAUUGUACUUUUGAGCCAUGCAAGCCUGGAUUCUUCAAAGAAAAGAAAGGAUUGGGAAAAUGUGAAAAACAUCGAGAAUGCCCCCAAGGCUUUAUCACAACAUUCAAUGGCUCUAGCAUCAAGGACAGGGAGUGUGAACCUGAUCUCAAAGCUGUUUCAAACACCACUGUGAAAUCCAAUACCUCAGACCCCAGGAACACAAGUGAAAGCGAUUCAAGUUCCUUGGAGACCAUAACAAUAAUUGUAAUAAUAAUUGUGUGUAUAACAUUAGCCUGUGUUUUUAUUUGCUUUCUCUACUUAAAAAGAAAGAAGUUAUUUGCAGGUGACCGGAGUAUAUGUGUCAGUAUUUUUCAAAAACUGACACUAGGAUUCACAAGAACUCAUGAAAAUGAAGAUGUUGAAAAAAAUAAUGAUAGAAAAAGAGAAGAUGAAGAGCAUUCAUUAAAAUCCUUAGAUCCUAAUUUAAGAGUUCCUGCAGAUACCACUAGUGAUGCACCAAGAAUUGGACAACAGGAUAAAAGCCAGGGAGAGCUACAAGCAAUAGUCCCAACAGGUGGCACACUAACGAUUGAAUGUGAAAAUAACCAGCCAUCAAUGGGAAUUAGAAAACAGAAUUCAAAUAAUGUGUCCACUGCCUCCAUUGCCUUUUCAAGCCUUCCAGAUGAAGUUGGAGAGAAAAUGAAUUUUUCUUCAGUCUUGUGGUCAAAAAGUUUGCCAACUACUUCACUGGAGAUAAAAGAUAAUUCAAUACUUCACAGUGGAAAGCCUUGUGCAAUGGUUCAGCCCCUGAUUCAGAAGGAGGAGUUGGGUGUUUUCACUUCAGGGACAGAUCUUGCCUUGUCUGAGGGGAAUUUAGAAUUGGAUUCUUUGUUGGAGAGCUCCCCAGAGUCUUCAGAGAGUGAGUUACCACAGAUUGGUGCCUGUCCAAGUGAAUAUAAAGAAAGAAAUGACGGCACAUGCUGCAAAACAAAGAUUUGUUCUCCAGGAGAAGGGUACUUGUUUUGCAAUGAUACAAGUAAAGAUCCUGGUGAAGAUAUCUGCUUUAAGUGUCCAAAAGGGACUCAUAAUAAAGAUGCCAUCAACACAGGUGAUAUGCCUGAGGUCUGGCAAGUCUGUGUCCCACAAGAUUGUUCUUGCAAGCAUGAUGGAACAAUUAUUGAAAGUAUGGCAGCUUGUGAAACAGGAGAACAGAAGACUUGUGUCUGUGACAGAAAUCAUCUUUACUUUGGACUUGAUCCAGUGAUCUGUCAGAGAGUGGAAGACCCCAAAGUUAUUGCCAGCAUCCAGCGUCCUGGAUUCGAGCUCACCCCCACUGGGAGUGUAGAGAGAUGUAAACCAGGACAUUACAAACCUAGAGCUAAUGGAAGUAUCUGUGUGCCCCAUCAAAAGUAAGUGGAAA